AUGGUUUCAUGUAUAGUUUUGAAAAAGAAUAAUGUAUCUAUUAAAAUCCUUCUAUUCCAAAUUGCCUUAGAACAUAUGUUACUAAUAGUGUUUCUGAAAUUUGCACACUAUAUUCAAUAGAUAACUUUAGUGUUGCUCCAGAAAUUGUCAAUUGCCAACAUCCCAUUUUCAACUGCAAACAUCAGAUGCGUAAUUUGUGAAGAUAGUUAUUACAGGGGUUUGUACAAUAUGUUUAAUCUUGAAAAUUCCAAAGUAUGUGUUGAAUUGAAUUUAUAUAAUCUAGAACCUUGGAUAUGGUUUAUUCAAAGUCUUAGAAUUAAAUUUCUAAAUCUUUAAAAUUUUUAUAAUGUAGGGAUAACUCUACAAUUCUAAGAAUCCCAAUAGAUUAUGUUUUAGAAUAUGCAGAUGGAUAUAAAGUUAUUUAUAAUUACUGCAGGAAAUAUUGUGAUAGUAAUUGUUUAAUGUGUGAAGAAAAUAAAUAAAAGGGUUAUUGUUAUUAUGAAAAAUGUGGCUUGAACAGAUACAAAUAACCAAUUAGUGUUUUAAUGAGGAUUGUGAUAGCCUUUUAGGAUAUGCUGUAUAUUAUUUCUUUUAAUUUAGGUUUUAAGUUAUCGUUCAAUUUGUAUUUCAUCUAUAAAAAUAUGAAGAUAUAGAUGCACAUUUUAACUAUGAGUAUUAUAAUGAAAUUGGUCUUUAAUAGAUAUCAUUAAUCCUAAAAAUAAAUUCUGUAUAUGCGAAUAGAUAUUUAUACACUUUAAGUAAUGAUUUAAAAGAAAAGUAUUUUCUCAUUAAUUGGUUUAAGUGAGAUUAGUGGAAGAUCUAUAGCCUAUUCAUUAUUAAACUUUCUUUCACGAUUCUUAAGGGUGAUGAAAUAACAAUUAAAUAAAUAGUGUAUUUUAUUCGAACUACAUUAGAAUUAAGAUUUCGAAAUAAAGAAUAGUCUAUAAGUGUUAGCAUUAUUAAUACAAGCUUUUAUUUUGACCAAUCUAAUCCAAUUAAAACUGUACAUUGUUGAAGAAAAUAAUCUAAAUUAUAAUUUACAUAACAUACUUAUUUAUGACAAGAUAUUUAAAAUUUCUUCCAUUUUUCAGUUAAAUAAACUGAUUUAGACAUCAAGAUAAAUAAUUAAAAAUUGUCAAAUUGUAGCUUUAAAAUCAAAUUUGCUUUUUUUUUUCUCAAAUUUUCGUAAGAAGAUUAUAAUUGAUUAUCUUAGUAUUAAUUCUUGUCAAUUUUAAAACUCAUCAAUAAUUAGAUUCAAUUUUACAUCUUUUUAUUGUACUGACAUGAUCAUCAAAUAAUGUGAAUAUUUAGAACUCAUCGUUUGA